AUGGCGCUCGACAAUCUCGAAGAUUCGAUCAGCGCCGUCACCGCCUCAAUCAACGGUUCAAAAUACACUCCGGAAAUCCGGCAUCCUAACAUUAAUCCAAUUUUCCCGGCCGAUUUGACGGUUUCCGUUGACGACUUGCCGUACCUCCUGACGUCAGCUCGGGCGAACAUCGACGGCUGUAUCGAGGGGCUGCAGGAAUUCGCGCCUGAUGCGCUGGAUACGGCGCCGGAAGUGCGGCUCCAGGGGGAGGUCACGCUCAUUACAGUCACAGUCACCGCAGCCCACGCGCUCGCCCCUUCCGCAAGGUUUCCCCUGGGGAACGACAAAGUUUCCUCUGUCGCAGGCGGUUAUUAUCCCGCUGAUGGUUCCGUCAAUGUCACCGGCGACUCUUCCGCCGACUCUUCCGCCAACGUGAACGAUUACGAUUCCCCCUCUCGCCGACGGAGAACGACGGAAACGGACCAUACGGGCGAAAGCAACGCACCAGGGUGGGUAACCCCCGGGCUUUUCGAGCACCUGAAGCGGAUUCAGGCGGCGCACAUGCGCGGAGGGGACGCGGGGGCUGCGGAGGACGUGGCGGAAUGGGGGCGUGCGCGGAGAAGACUCGGCCUGGAUGGCGCGGAGUCAAGGGCAACGCGGAGCCAGAUGAUGCGCGGGGAAGGGGGGAUAGCGGAUGCAGGAGGCGCAGUGGAGCAGAGUGCCUCCAUUCGCCGUCGCUUAGAGGUCGAAGGCCUUGAUAAUCCUAGUAACGGAAAGGGGGGCGAUUUGUAUGCAGAUGCCUACGCGUUUCAUAUGGCGCUUCAGACCUCGAGUUCGGGUUCUAGUUUGGGUUCGCGAACUAGCAGCAAUGGGAAGAUGAGCAAGCGGGAAGGGGGCAAACACGGCGAGAAGAAGGGCGGAGUGACACCAGGAGUGACACCAGGAGUGACACCAGGAGUGACGCCAGGAGUGACACCAGGAGUGACGCCAGGAGUGACGCCAGGAGUGACGCCAGGAGUGACGCCAGGAGUGACGCCAGGGGUGACACCAGGAGUGACGCCAGGGGUGACACCAGGAGUGACACCAGGAACGAAAGUCGGAGCAAUUUUGGGCGGCUUCAAGGGCAAUUACACCAGCCUGUUACCACCGCAAGUGGACGCGAUCGUGGCCCAGGACGGAUCUGGCACUCACAUGACGCUUCAGGCUGCGAUUGGCGCUGCACCAAUGAAGGGGACCUUCGUUAUAUUCAUAAAGAGAGGAGUGUACGACGAGCAAAUUCUCUUUGACAACAAGGGGAUUGUUUUGAUCGGAGAGGGAAUUGGCAACACUAUAAUUACUGGCAAGAAGAGUGUUAAUGGCGGAUCCACCACCUAUAACUCUGCUACCAUUGGAGCCAACAAGGGCAUGCUGACAGCGCUGGGCAUAACGGUGCGCAACACAGCAGGGCCGGCAGGCCAGCAGGCAGUGGCACUACGCUCCAAGGACCUCUCAGCCUUCUUCGAGUGCGAGUUUGACGGCAGCCAGGACACGCUCUACCCGCACAGCGGCCGGCAGUACUUCCGCGACUGCCGCGUGGGCGGCACAGUCGAUUUCAUCUUCGGGAAAUCCGCGGCUGUUUUCGACCGACCGCAAAUCACGCUGCACGCAGACGACCCGGUGAUUAUCACAGCGCCGCAGAGCGAUCCCAAGUACCCCGACCCAAAGGGGAUUAUUAUCAGGGAUGCAGUGAUAACGUCCGAUGCGGGUGUGGGGAAGGCGUAUCUGGGCCGGCCAUGGGCCAACACAGGCACUUCGGUUUUCAUCAACUGCUUUCUGCCCAAGGAGAUUCAACCGGACGGGUGGCUGACGUGGGACGCCGACACCGAGGCACUCGCUAGGAAGAACGGUGUUUUCUUUGCGGAAUUCCGGAGCACCGGGCCUGGAGCGCACAUGCCGCGUGUCAGCUGGGCGUCGCCGCAGACGAUUCGCAACCCCGGGCGAUUCACGGCGGAGGCUUUUCUGGGCUGGACGAGCUCCGGCUGGGCCGGCGGGUUCUGA